AUGGAGAGCACGAUCAGACCGCAGGCGGAGGGGUUAUCUAUCCUCGUCGCAGGCGCCGGCAUCGCAGGUCUUUGCGCGGCGAUAGCGCUACGUCGAGCCGGGCAUAGAGUCAGGAUUCUGGAGCGGUCGCCGCAGCUUGAUAACGAGAUCGGGGCCGCCAUCACGCUCGCACCGCACGCGGUCAAGAUCAUGCGCUCGUGGCGGCUGGACUUCGCCAAAGCCAGGCUCAUCCCACGACUUGGGCAGACGUUCAUCGACAGCGUAACGCUGGCGGAGCUGGCGCCGACGGACCGUACCGACUUUGCAAGUGAAUACGGGGCGCCGUAUCUAUUCGCGCACCGCGUCGACCUGCACGCCGCGUUGAGGGCGUUGGCGGCCGGCCCAGACGGUUCAGGUACGCCGGCUGAGCUCCACACGUGCAGCACGGUGGUCGAGUACGAUGCGGAAAGGGGAGGUGUCAAGGUCGCCGAGACGGGACGCUGGGAGUUUGCAGAUCUGGUCGUGGCCGCCGACGGCGUGCACUCUAACGCAGCCUCGCACGUCGUGGGGUAUCACUGUCCCACCCGCGCGACAACCAGCACAGUGAUCCGCUUCCUGAUUCCGACGCGGGAGAUCCUCGACGACCCGCAUACGGCGCCGCUACUGCGACAGUACGGCGAUGGCCACUGCUCGUUCUACCUGCAUCGGGACCAGCAGCGCUGGCUGGUGCGGUAUCCGUGCCGGGACAACACGCUGCAGAACUUCGGCAUGUACGUGGAGCGGCCGCUGAGCGAGCGAGGCUGGAGCAGGAGCCAGCAGCAAUGCGGGCCGGACGACCUGCGCGCCGCCAUGGCGGGCUUCCACCCUUCCCUUCUCCGCCUCUGCGAUAAGACCAUCAGCGCCAACACCAUCCUGCCACUGUGGCGGUGCGCGGAACGCACUCCCCUACCCAGCUGCCAGCGCGACAAGCUCGUCGUGAUAGGCGACGCAUCGCACCCGAUGCUCCCACACCGCGGCUUCGGCGCCGUCACCGCGAUCGAGGACGCCGCAGCGCUGGGCGUGCUCUUCGAGGACUUUGUCCAUACCGCUGCCACCGCCACUACCGCGCCGGGAUUGAACUUGAAUUCCAACUCCACCUCCGACUUGAAGUCGGACUCGGCCCAGCUCUCGGGGUCCGCACGUAUGAGUGUACCACCAUCUGCGUCCAUAUCCGACCUGCUCGAAACGUUCCAGAACGUGCGCCUGCCGCGUACGUCGAUCGCGCAGCUCUACUCGCAGGUGGAGACGAACAAGGACCCCACCGUCGAGAGGCGGGAAGAGGCGUUGAAGAUGCUGCCGGGAGAUGAGUUACCUCGUGAGUGA